AUGCCUGUAAUUUUCCAGACGCAAAGAGGGAAAAAAAAGAGGAGGAGAGCUGUGGAGUUGACAUCUACUCGUAACUCUGCUGAUGGGGCAGUGCUACGGUCGACGCCGAGGAGAUUUUUCAAGAAGCCGUUCCCACCUCCGUCGCCUGCCAAGCAUAUUAGGGCGUCGCUGAGGAAGUUGGGGCAGAGGAAGAAGCCUCCGAGAGAGGGCCCCAUACCGGAGGACGCAGACGCCGGUGAAUCCGAGCAGCAGCAACAGCACGCGCUGGACAAGAAUUUUGGGUACAACAAGAAUUUCGGAGCCAAGUAUGAGCUGGGGAAAGAGGUGGGGAGAGGGCAUUUUGGUCACACUUGCUGUGCCAAAGGGAGAAAGGGGGAGCUCAAGGACACACCUCUCGCCGUCAAGAUAAUCUCCAAAGCUCAGAUGACAACUGCAAUAUCAAUUGAAGAUGUUCGCCGGGAAGUGAAAAUUUUGAAAGCUCUCUCAGGCCACAGGCAUCUUGUCAGCUUUUAUGAUGCUUGUGAAGACAGCAAUAAUGUGUACAUAAUAAUGGAAUUGUGUGAAGGUGGAGAGCUGCUUGACAGAAUACUGGCAAAAGGUGGUAAAUAUUCUGAAGACGAAGCAAAACUUAUUAUCGUUCAAAUUCUUAGUGUUGUAUCAUUUUGUCAUCUUCAAGGUGUUGUCCACCGGGACUUAAAACCUGAGAAUUUUCUAUUCACCUCAAGAAGUGAAGAUGCUGAUAUGAAGCUUAUCGAUUUCGGUCUUUCUGAUUUCAUCAGGACAGAUGAAAGAUUAAAUGAUAUUGUCGGAAGUGCUUAUUACGUUGCUCCCGAAGUUCUCCAUAGAUCUUACAGUGUGGAGGCUGAUAUUUGGAGUAUUGGUGUCAUCGCUUAUAUUUUGCUGUGUGGUAGCAGACCAUUCUGGGCUCGGACAGAGUCUGGAAUAUUUCGUGCUGUUUUGAGGGCUGACCCAAAUUUUGAGGACUUGCCCUGGCCAUCUGUUUCACUGGAAGCCAAGGACUUUGUGAGACGGCUUUUGAACAAGGACUACCGCAAAAGGAUGACUGCUGCUCAAGCUUUGACUCAUCCAUGGUUACGGAGUGAGAGCCAUCCAAUUCCACUAGACAUACUUGUCUAUAAGUUAGUGAAGUCAUAUCUACACGCUACCCCUUUCAAACGUGCUGCACUAAAGGCUCUCUCAAAAGCUCUGACUGAGGAUGAAUUGAUUUAUCUUAGAGCACAAUUCAUGCUUCUGGAGCCUAGUGAGGAUGGUCGAGUCUCUCUCGAGAACUUUAGAAAGGCUCUUGCACGGAAUGCUACUGAUGCAAUGAACAUGUCUAGGGUCCCGGACAUCCUAAAUUCGAUGGCACCAUUGUCUUUUAGAAGGAUGGAUUUGGAAGAGUUUUGUGCGGCUGCAAUAAGCACUUAUCAGCUGGAAGCCCUCGAAAAUUGGGAGCAAAUUGCGUCCACAGCUUUCGAGUUUUUCGAACAGGAGGGUAACAGAGCAAUAUCAGUGGAGGAAUUGGCUCGGGAGUUAAACGUGGGGCCCAGUGCUCAUGCCAUGCUCAGGGAUUGGUUGAGGAGGGACGGGAAACUGAGUUUGGUCGGGUACACCAAAUUUUUGCAUGGAUUGACACUUCGUAGCUCAAACAUGAGGCAUCACUAG